AUGGAGUUUCGUGUGCAAUCAUCGAAUACCUUUAGUAUUUGUUUACAUGGUCAACCUAUUAUUUUGCAUAGACCAGAACAACCGUUGUUCUAUAUUGGUACAUGUCAAUCAUCAUAUGAUAUGCGUCUUGGUCAUUUUGUUAUCAAACACGAAAUAGAAACAAAAACGAGUCUUCAAAUACAAAGUAUUAAAGAGAUCAAUCCAUUACAAGUCUAUGAAAUUUCAUUUAUUGAUGAAAAUAAAUCGUAUAAUCUUCAAAUAAAAUUUAUUAUAGAUGUGAAUGGAUUACAAAUCGAAUUUCCUCGCACAUCGACAUCAAAUUAUAUUCGAUCAGUGAUUGAAAGUGAAGAAAUACUUGAACGUGACGAAUAUACAUUCGAUGAUAGUAGCCAAAUAAAUUUAUGGUUUUCAUUAGAAGCCUUUCCGUUCAAUCGGGAAUCUGUACGUGGCUGUGGACUUCAAUUUGCUGAUGGUGAUCUAAGACGAAAAAUUUUAUCAAUAUGGGUAUCAGAAUGGUAUCAUAAUGAAUUAUAUCCAAAUAAUGAUAAACAUAUUCAUCCUUCCGAACAUACAACUUAUCAUCCACAACCAAUGUUCCAGUCAUCGCGUGGUUAUACAUUUUGUGCUUAUGGAUCGGCUUAUGCACAAUUUGAUUUUUCUGGUGAAAAUUUUCAUCGCUUUCAUUUUUCUGAUAUACCUUAUCGGUUAGAGUUAAGUUUCGUUGGUCCUUCUCCAACGUCUCGUGUAUAUUUACCAUUACCAGAAUGGUUACACGAUGGAAUUAUUUUAAGCGUACAAGGUGGUACCGAUAUUAUUGAUCAAAAACUUCGUAAAAUGCAUCAAUGUAAAACACGUAUUGCCGGUAUUUGGGCACAAGAUUGGUGUGGAAAACGAAUAACAUCGUUUGGCAAACGAGUAUUUUGGAAUUGGAAAUGGGAUGAAAAUUGGUAUCCUAAUUUAACUGAAAAAAUUAUUGAAUGGAAACAGAACUAUAAUGGUUGCCGAUUUUUAGCUUAUAUUAAUCCAUAUAUUGCUGUUGACGGAUCAUUGUUUGAACAAGCAAAUCAAAACGAUUUCCUUGUCAAACGAUAUGACUCGAAAAAAACAGUUUAUUUGAUAGAUUUUGGAGAAUUUAAUGGAGCUAUCGUUGAUUUAACUAAUCCACAAGCAUUCGAAUGGUAUAAGAAUGUAAUAAGAACAAAUCUAAUUGAUUUAGGUAUAUCUGGUUGGAUGGCUGAUUUUGGUGAAUAUCUUCCAUGUGAUGUUCGUCUUCAUGUUAAUAUUUCCGGUGCAUUGAUACAUAAUCUUUGGCCAAUACUUUGGGCACGAUGCAAUUAUGAAGCAAUCCGUGAUGCUGGAAAACUUGAUCAAAUUAUCUUUUUCAUGCGUAGUGGAUAUUUAAAUGUGCAAAGGUUUUGUCCACUCUUUUGGACUGGUGAUCAAUCAGUUAGUUUUUCUUCCGAUGCGGGUCUUGCUGCUGGAAUUCGUUCAUGUCUUUCAUUAUCACUAAGCAAUGUACUUAGUAUUCAUACAGACAUUGGAGGAUAUUUCGGUCGAACAAUUGGUCGUACUCGUGAAGUUCUUUUACGUUGGUGUGAAAUGGCAACAUUCAAUAUUGUUAUGCGCACACAUGAAGGUAAUCGACCUUGUUCAAAUGCACAAUUCGAUAAUGAUGAAAUAUGUCUUGCAUUUUUUGCUCGAAUGAGUCGAAUCCAUGCUCAUUUAAAACCUUAUUCUCGCCAAGUUGUUCAAAAAGCGUAUGAACAAAAUAAAUCUUGUCUAAUUCCUCAUAUAGAAUUACAAUAUUUCUUCGGACCUGAUCUUCUCAUUGCUCCUGUUGUUAAAAGCGAAGUCGAUAAAUGGAAAGUAUCAAUGCCAGAUGGAGAAUGGGUACAUAUUUGGACAAAUAAAAUAUAUGAUAAAAAUCAAUAUGAAAUCGAUGCACCCAUUGGUAAGCCACCUGUUUUCUAUCGGUCCACAAGUGAAUGGAAAUCACUUUUUGAACAAUUACAAUAUUUUUAA